AGUACUGACGCGGCGGCCACGCGAGCAGGGUGUGUGGCGCCAACGCUCCCCGGCAUCCUGACACGCUGACAUUCACACUUUGCUGUCAAACUGACUUCACACAAUUUUGUCCUGGCUUCAAGACUGACACUGAAGAAUACGAAACACUGUUGACUUCUCAUUAGCAGUUCAGUCAACGUUGUUCGAAUAUUAUUCACUGAAGACCAAGAUCAACUUCAGUGAACCUCAACUGUGCCUGAGAAGCCGCCAUAACACAAAAGCGAAGGAUGUGGCGAGUGUUGGCCUGUGUUGCCCUCAUGGCGGUGGCGGGACCUCAGCCUACCACGGGCGAGGUGUACACAUCCAUCCAGGAUCUGACGGCGGUGUUCUCCCUGGAGCGCCGAGUGGUGAGCGCCCUCUCCAACUACGUGGAUGACAUGGAGGCGAAGCUACUGAGGAUACGCAAGUACCUGCGGGAGUACGAGCAGGUGUCUGCCGAGGGCACUGUGACGGACGAGGUGACUAUGGAGAGGCUUGCGGGUAACCCCGUGCACGCCUUCCAUCUCAUGAAGAGACUCACCGUGGACUGGCGGCACCUCGAGGAGCAGUCAAAGGUGGACCCGUGGAUGGAUGUGAUCAACGCAAUGCGGGGCGUGGGUGGCGGGGGCGUGCGGCUGCCGAACGAGGAGGACUUGCAGGGCGCGGCGCAAGCUCUGGUUCGCCUCCACGACGUCUACAACCUGAACACCACCCAAUUGGCGAGGGGCAACGUGUGGGGCGUGCAGAGUGCCGCCGAGCUGACGGCGCAGGACUGCCUCUACAUGGGCAAGCACUCGUUCAAUCUGGGCCUCUACCAGCGGGCGGUCCAGUGGUUCGAGGAGGCGUACGCUCUGGCAGGUCUCGAGGGGAACGCCACCGUCACGCAGGACCAAGUCAACGUUUUCCUGGACACUGCCAUCAAAGCGCUGGAUGACAACCCCUAUGGCCAGCUGGAGAUCGGGCAGCAGGAGAACUUCAGUACUCGCACCAACCUGCAGGAGGAGCCCUCACCUUCACACCGCCUUGCCACUGUCCUCACUCCACGGGAGGACGCUGCCAACUUCCAUGCACUGUGUCGCGGCCAGCAGCUCCUGAGUGAUGCCUACGUGGCCACCCUCAAGUGCUUUUAUGACUGGCGGGGCGACGACUACCUGCGACUCAUGCCAGCACGCGUGGAGCGCCACCACUGGAACCCCGAGUUGCUCACCUUCCACCAGGUCAUCUCCGACAACGAAAUCCUCAGACUACAGCAGCUCGCCGCCCCAGCGCUGUCGCGCGCCAUGGUGCAGGGACCGCAGGGCAAGGGCAACACUGUCAGCAACACCCGCACUUCCAAGGUUGGAUGGCUGGACGACUCUCAAGACCCUCUGGUGGCACGCCUGAGUGCCCGCGCCGCCAGACUUACCGGGCUGUCUACCAGCGUGAGCAAUGACGACGCCGAAAUGCUGCAGGUGGCUAACUAUGGCAUUGGCGGCCACUACAACCCCCACCACGACUACCUCCUCGUGGACAAGACUGAGGAGGAGCUCAACAACAUCCAUCCUCGCGAGCUCGUGUUGGGCGACCGUAUUGCCACCUUCAUGUUCUAUCUGAGCGACGUGACGAGAGGUGGAGCGACGGCUUUCCCUCGCCUGGGCACGGCGGUGUGGCCAUCCAAGGGAUCAGCUGCUUUCUGGUAUAACCUGAAGCGGUCAGGAAAGGGCUCGCUGGCCACCCUGCACGGCGCCUGUCCAGUGGUGCACGGCUCGAAAUGGGUGAGCAACAAGUGGAUUCGCGAGCGAGGACAGUUCCUGAAACGAACGUGUGGCCUCAGCCCAGACGAGUAGUUGUCCUCACCGCCACCUGCACCGUCAUCAGAUUGGUUCACGACUCUUGCAAUACCUUUGGAUCAACGCAUUUGACCUGCAGAUACUAGAACAUGGAUGAUUUAGUUUCGUCACCAUUAACAUGUGUUCACUCGUCAUUUUUUUUAAGUUUCACUGCGAGAAAUUGAAAAGCUCCGGGAUGUGUCUCUCACACACACUGAUGGCAGUAUUGCGAGGCGGGACACAUAGGCACCCGUGACCUGUCCUUGUCUAGUUCAUAUGAGAGCACAACGUCUUGAUAAUUUCCAAGUGAGAUGGAAACAUGUUUCCGAAUACAAGGUAUUAAUAAUUCCGACUUAAUAAUUUAUUACCUUCGAACCGGCGCUGUCAUGUCACAUGUUCUUGGGCAGAAUGAUAUACAGGUGUUAAGCGUGUUUGUAAGGAGAGGUGGCGUAUUAAAAGCUUCAUAUAGGUAUUCAUGACCUGUACGUUUUGUAUACCACAUCUCGGUUAAUUAGUACCACAGUUUCCGGUACCUGUAUAUUGGUUCCUAAAUUACUGUAUAAGCAGAUCUUGCAGAAACGUGAUAUAUGACAUACUGAUAUCAGUUUUAUGGAAAAGCAAAUGAAGGUAAUGCCUCGCUUGUGUGUUGUGAUGGUGAGGCAGCGCAGACCUGCCCGAGUCCGUCCAUUUAGUCACUGAGGUUGGGUGACGAACGGACACGCAGUCCUAAAUAUUUUGAAUAAUGUAUGUGUUAUGUUGGUAGAUUUCGGUGCCGUCCAUGUUGCCUUCGUUCAUUAGGUGCUGAAGACACGGACUUACGGAAGAUGCUUUUUGUGAUUUCAUAUUUUCUUGUUUUGUGAUUCGUGUUCAAAUUAUCGAUGUGUUGGGUUGUGCAGUGUUGAUGCACUCAUAGGGGAAAAUGAUAGUUAGCACAUUUAGGUUUGUAUAUAUUGUAUAUCCGACAUUUAAUUCCAGUAUCGUCUAAGUCAAUGCCUCCAGGGGCAAAUCUAUCAUAAACAUUGAUUGAUCUAUUAUUAUCUAAUGAUGUUAAGUGAUGAACAAAACACACACACACACACACACACACACACACUGCAGGACUGAAUAAUACACAUGUUCUAUUGUUUUCUUCUUAUUGGCUCACCCUGCUGUCUUCUGAAGUAUUGCUACUCUGUAUUUCCUGUUUGAUAUAUAACGUGUAUGUAUCAUGUCUAUAUUAUGUAUUGAAUAUCAAAUAUCCAAGACCAUAUGGCCUUGGCCGUGAUGUGCUUAUCGUGAUAUUAGUGUGUAAUGAUUCCUAUACAGAAGCCAGUAUGUUUGUAUAAAAAAAAGGUGUAUAAUAAUUAAUGUAGUUACUUACUAUUGGCAUGUGAUAAUUAAAAUAUGUAUGCUUAA